AUGGUGAAGAAUGCUAUCAAAGUUUACGCCAGAUUGAAACCGGAGAAAUGCCGGAAAAAUACAUUGAAUUAUCAGGUGCUGCAUCGGCCGAAGAAAAAUCUCGCGGAAGAUUACCUGAUUCUGGUUUCCCGCAAUCAAAAAUCAAAGGAAUAUCCCGAUAAUCGGCCCGAAUCGUGGAAUUUCUCUUUCUUCCAAAUUUUCGAGGAAUCCUCGACGCAGGACGACGUGUUCGACAAUGUGGCACGACCCGUGCUGGAAAGUGCCCUCGACGGCUACAACGGCACCGUAUUCGCGUAUGGCCAGACGGCCAGCGGGAAAACGCACACGAUAACCGGGAAGCUGGAUGACGAGUACCGUGGCGUCAUACCGAGAAGUUUGCAGUACCUGUUCGAAGAGAUACGAAAGCGGCCGGAAAACGUGUACUCCAUCGAGGUGGCUUAUCUGGAGAUUUAUAACGAGAUCGGGUACGACCUGCUGGAUCGGAGGCAACUACGAGAGUUCGCGGUUACGAGAUUGGAAGAUUUACCGCGUAUCAAUAUUCUGGAAGACGAGUUCGGGAGGCUACACACGAGGAAUCUGUCGUUUCAUUCUGUCAAAAAUGUCGACGAUGCGUUCGAGCUGCUUCUGUUAGGCAAUAAUAAUCGGGUAACCGCUGAUACGCCGAUGAAUCGCCAGUCAUCCAGAUCGCAUUGCAUCUUUACCAUCGUGGUUUCUACGAAGGAGUUUGGCGCUGAACAGUACAAACAAGCGAAAGUGCACCUCGUCGACCUAGCAGGGUCCGAACGUGUCUACAAAUGCUCGAUAACCGGCACCAUUCUGACCGAGGCGAAGCACAUUAACCUGAGCCUACAUUACCUGGAACAAGUCAUAGUGAGUCUGGGUCAGGAGAGCGUGGGUCACAUUCCUUACAGAAAUUCUUUAUUGACGUCGAUCUUGAGGGACAGUUUGGGAGGAAAUUGUCUGACCGUGAUGCUGGCGACUAUGAGCGUCACCUCGUCGGAUUUGGAAGAAACAGUGUCCACUUGUAGAUUUGCUCAAAGGGUUGCUCUGAUAAAGAACUACCUGAAACUAAACUUGGAGACAAACAUAGAGAGCGAGAACGCGUUGUUGAGGGCGGAAAUCGAGAGGCUUAGGCAACAAAUUCAAGCCCUGAAGAAGCAAUCUGAACCGAUAUCCGAAGACCUUAACGCCGAAGAUAAGAGGAACCUGGACUCUGUGAUCAGGCGUUUUCUGGAAUCGAACGAACAGGUUUCUUGGGAUUAUGAUCCCAAGAAAGUGCAGUAUUGUUUCGAAAGCUUCAAGCGAGCUUUCGAGUUGAGUAAGGAUCCGAAAAGCUACCUGAGAAAGCUGGAAUAUUAUAAGGACCUGGUUAAUCAAAGGGACCAGGAAAUUUCAUUGCUGAUUGACAAGAUAAAGAAGGAAAAGGAUAAACAAUGCAAGGAUGCGAACGAUGAUACGUCUGUGAUUAAUAAUAUUCGGAAUGAUAAGCGAAUAAUCGAACGCGACUCCACAGUCAAUCAUGUUUCUCCAAAGAAACAUAAACGAAGAACGAAAAUUAGUAAUCGAACGAAGAUUAAUUACAACGAAAAUGUUUGCGACGAUGAUUCGGUGUCGAGGAACAAAUCGUUCGUCACUGACACGCUAACGCCGGAGCUAUUAUCCUGUAAUGUUGUUAAUUUAACUUUAACGGAUCUAAUUGAGGAUAAAAAUGAAACGACUGACCAGCAGUUAAGCGAGAAAGCUAAUGGUAUUGGUCAACAGUCCUUGCCCAAGUUGGAAAGACAGCAGAAAAGUGUUAAAAAGAAGCGCAGUAAUCCAACAGAGUCGAAAAUGAAAGAGCAGAGCGAGCAAAGUCGUGUCGAAUCACAAAGUGCUAAAGCGAAAAUUAUAACCAAAGAAACUUCUGCGUUUAUAGAAACGGAUAUCUCGACUCCAGUUUACCAGAAGUUCUUAAGCUUCAAUGCCCACUCUCCAAAAACCCCUUUAACUUUCAAAGAAGAUAUGAAAAAUGGAAAGGAAGACUUUGAUCGGAAGUUGAACUUGGACGAAAAUAGCAAUCAUUUUGAGGAUUUACCUCUGACAGGGGAUCCAGAAAUCGACGAAGAAAUCAUAGCGUUUUACAAAGCGAAACGAUCAGGCGGUAUUUACUAA